AUGGGCGCAAAUCAACUGCUUGGAGGAAUGAACGACUCGUAUGGUCCAUAUUCAGCUGUGCCUGGCCAACUUCAAGAGCAGCAUGGCCCGCCGAAUUGCGAUCAGAUCAUCUCUAUCGAUCAAAAUGUGAGCCCUUUCGGCUCCACCUUUGACAAUACCGACUUCACUUCCAAUCUGGACUGGUUUCUAGAAGAUGCAGGAGCCAAUAAUUUCCUUGCGACUCCAGACUUCUUUGGUCUAUUUGGUUUCAAUGAGAAUCAGUCCCUCCAUGAUCCUCUUAUGUCUGCCCAGCAAACCGCGGUUCCUUCUGCUCGACAGUCUGAUGCCGGCGGCGACGACUACGUUGCAAUGGGGGACACAAGAGAAGGUGAUACUAGUGACUCUGCUCCCGCCCUAGGGGGCCUUCUAACACCCCGGCCACAAGAAACCGGAACUUCUGAUAAUCCGUGGCCAGUGGAAAAUCCAAGGCCUUCUCAAAGUCACACUAUACUGCCGGGGUUGGGACCUGAAGAUCAGACACCGAAAUCGUUCUCCAAGUUCUACUCAUUGGUCCCCGUUAACGACCGCACAAGACAGGCUUUGGUAAAAUGUAUAAUGUUUCCAUUCGAGCACAGCUCCACGCAAACGUUGAACCUGGACCACUUUCCAAACAACGAAACACUGGACCACUGUAUCGAUUUGUACUUCGAAUACUUUCACCCAAUGCUAGACGUCGUUCAUCGUCCCACAUUCGAUCCCGGCAGAGAUCUUGUGGUCACCUUGGCCAUGAUCUGCAUAGGGUCCUGCUACACUGGGCAACCAGGAGCGAAGUCAUUCUCAAUCGCAUUGUCUGAGCUCAUCAGGAAACUUUUAGUCUUUAUGGCAGAGCAAGACCGUCGAUUUGUUCGGACCGCCUCCUACUUGACAGCGCAGCUUCUGCAGGGUACUCACGGCUACUGCAGCGGUAGUGAGAGGCUUUUCGAGAUUAGUGAAUCGUGCCGCAGCACUCUAGUCCAUCAUGCAAAAUGCAUGGGACUUUUCCGCUAUGAAUCGCAGCAUGUCCUUCGACCUGGUAACUCGCAAGAGGAAGCGUGGCGCGAAUGGGUCCGAGAGGAAGGAUUGAGACGUCUAGGCUGGGCUGUGUACAAGUAUGAUGCCUCCGUGGCGUAUCUGCACAACAACAGGCCGUUUUUGAGCAUAGGCGAUAUCAAUCUCAGUCUGCCCAGCUCAACUGAGCAUUGGUCUGCCGAGUCAGCACAGGCGUGGUCCUCGCUCCAUCCAUGGUCAACCACUUGUCCUCCCACUUCCCGAUUGCGACCCAUGAUUAGGUUACUCUUCGACGGCACCACAAAUCCGGUUGAGAAGAUCGAGGACGAGGAACACUGUUUCGUCAUUCUAUUGACUCUACUCAGAAUGUUGUGGACGUUGAAGGAAAUCAGAUCUUCUCCCAUAAACGAUCUAGUGACUCCACCUAUCUAUGAUGACGGACGGCUAAGCCUGAUACAUGCAAUCGACAAAUUCGCCGUUGCAAUUGUGGCCGCCUCCAAGAACCAUACACGAUCCGAGAUAAACCGCUUAGUUCAUCGGAUGCAGCUAGUCCAUAUUUCCCACAUCUACGGCGCUGGGGAUCUGAUGAAUUGGUUGUAUCCCUACCUCCGUCAUGGGCCAGAAGCGGAAAAUGCCCGUACUCGGAUGAAACAAUGGGCGAAUGAGAACGCACAAAGAAUCAGAGACGUGGUUUUCCAUUGCGCACAGAUACUCGCUCUGGUCCGACGAUAUCCAAGUAACAUGUCACUUGAACCAUUUCUCACGUUCCAUGCAGGGGUGGUGCUAUCAUGCAUGGCAUUGUUACUGCCUACCGCCGUACCCCUCCCCCAAAGUCCUCCCAUUUUGGUGGAUCUUCUAGAUAGUGAGAAUCGCGAGGUAACCAACCGACAGUCGACCUGGAUUUCUCAGGGAGGGAAUGAGAGGAUCAGUCUACAUGGGGUACCGGAUCUGGCAUGUGCAUUAGGCCGACAGCAAGUUUUAGAUCAAACGGCGUUGUUACUGAAACGUCAGAGGGCGUGGGGAAUGGCAGCAAACCUCAGCAAGGUAGUCCUUUCACUUGGGGCUCGCGAUAUGAACGACAACACACAGGCCGCCGUUGAUUCACCACAAUUGCUCUUAGCGAGUCCGUCUCCGCCAGGUAUACCCCUUGGACUUGAAGCCGACUAA